GUCCGAUUAGACUCAGGAACCGGCGCCUGUGUAAUAUCAACCAUUGUAGUUAAUAUGAGCUUUAGACAUGUCCGACUCAAAGAAAAAAUACAAGUCGUCCAGUCAACCACGAGCUGUAUCCGCUUCUGAAAUCGCUCGUAAUUUGAGCAAUUUUGAGACAUGGUCAACACAUCAAUGUUGCGAACAAGUUUCUCUCUCUGACCUUCCUUCCGAAUUUCAAGACGACGUGGACAAUCUCUUUGGUAUCACGAAGCGAAUUCCUCGCUCUUGGUUAGACAGGUCUUUUGACUGUAGCCCAGGUUUUGCUAAGUUUAUAACAGAUGCUUCACAGACGUCACCAGAACUCUUCUCCGACGAUGUUGCCCACGUAAGCAACGAACUAUUUGAAGAUGUAUGUGUCGUUUUCAGCGCAUGGAAGUGUUUGGCAAAAAUGAGGAACUCCAAAGAGAAAUGGUCUGAAGCCGACUUCGUGGCUAAUGUGUACAAUGUAUUUCGAACUUCUGCAAUCAGAGAAAGCACCUUCCGGGUACAAUGCGCGAUUUCGCUCCCGCAACCGCAAGACACAUUUCAAAACGCCCUUGAUGUGCCUCGCGUGUUGAACACGAAAACCGUCAUCCCUGAUUGCGCAAUCUUCAUUCCCGCCUCACGGACUCGACCAUUGUCGCAUUCUGCCAAAUCACCAUAUAAACUCCUUAAGAACCACCCCGCUGUAGUAAGAGCCGGGAAUGCGGCUAAAAGGUCUUCUUUUAGGUACCAGAGUACCCCCUGCGCUCAGCUUCCCGAUAUGCCUGGCUUCGAGUUCGCAAGUAGUUUUUGGGAGGACAAGAAGCCGGUCCACGCUCUUCUUGAUGACGCAUAUCGCCAGAACCGCAUGUCAACGACUGCUGCUGUCCGGCAUUUAAACUCCCUUGGUAUCCAUGCCCCUGUCACGGGACUUAUUUGGGCGGAUGGCGUUGUCCGCGCGCAUGUUGAUUGGUGUGAAGAAUCAGAGGGCAAGACAGUUGUGAUGUCUGCCCCGUAUUGUGAUCCCCGUGAUCGAUCAUCAAACGACGUGUUUCACGAGUGGAAACUUGAUCGUCCGAGCGACAUGCUACAGGUUUACUUCCUUGUUCGGAAUAUCGACCAGUGGACCACAGACAAAUUCUCAAAAUACAUUGUCCAGGGUGUCAAUCAAAUGGUGGACAAGCUGUCCUCCAGCGAAAGAACAUAUAAACCCUGGAAAAGGGUCGGGGACCUGGCACCCCCUUUGAAGAAUAACGCACUGAAAGAGAAUCACAAUAUUUCCGUUACUACGGUUGUGACUUCGGAUGCGUCUCCCUCUCCUCCUAAGCCCAAGAGCAGGCGACGGAGACGCAGGUCCAGUAAUUGAUACCCUCGGACUGACAUGGAUA